AUGGCGACCACAUCCUCCUCCCCUUCGAUGGCCAUCCCCGGCCAAUUCCUCGGCCCUGUCUCCAAGUUCCAACCCGGUCCUGGAACCCACAUCCACGAGUCGAACCUCUGCGCUUCGCUGCUCGGCGUCGUCAACAUCACACAGCCCGCCAAGGCGCCCGGCCCUGCGAAGCGCUUGAACAAGAUUAUCAACACCCAGACUUCGCCCGCCGAGCUACCGACCAUCUCAGUACUGCGCGCGGCGGGUUCGUCAGACAAGCGCGAGGUUCUGCCCGAAGUGGGCAACAUUGUGCUAUGCCGGGUGAUUCGCAUCAUGCCGCGCCAAGCGGUCGUGGCCAUCUUGAUUUGUGGCGAUACUGUUUUGGAGGCCGAGUGGCAGGGCCUGAUUAGAGUGCAGGACGUGAGAGCGACAGAGAAGGAUAGGGUGAAGAUCUACGAUAGCUUCAGGCCUGGGGAUAUUGUUAGAGCUGAGGUGAUUUCUCUUGGUGACCAAGCAAGCUACUACCUAUCGACGGCGCGUAACGAGCUUGGUGUCAUCAUGGCGACAAGCGAAGCUGGCAACACCAUGUACCCCGUCAACUGGAAGGAAUACAAGGACCCUGAAACUGGGCUUAGCGAACCUAGAAAGGUUGCGAAGCCCUACUGA